AUGUCAAGCGCAUGGGCUCCGAAUGAGACGGACUACCAGAUCUACGCCGAGAAGAUAUGGCUGCAGGCGAACAUCCUGCAGAACAUACCGUAUGGUGUAGAGCUUGCGCUUUUCGUCACAUGCUUCGUUGCGCUGGUGCAGAACAUGGACCACUCGAACUUCAGGCGACACGUAUUUCUCAUGACAUUCAUCACGAUCAUCUUCGGAUUGGGAACUGUCUAUAUGAUCACGAAUUCUCUAUUCACUCAGCAAGCCUUCAUCGAAUAUCGAAACUUUCCAGGAGGACCGGGAGCAUAUCUCAAUGCCAUGUUCGCCAACACUGUCGGAUUGACGAACAGUGUUUCAUGGGUGGUGAGCAACUGGCUUCUCGACGGAUUCCUGGUUUGGCGAUUCAUCGUCAUAUAUAGCGAUGUCAGACCAUGGUACCGCGCGAUGUUCGCCAUCCCUUGCCUAAUGCUACUCGCGUCUAUCAUCCUCGGCAGUAUCGUGCUAAGGGAUAUAGCGGCGAUGGCUCAGGCUGGCACGUCCAACUCGACGCCGUUUGCGGUCGCAGACCUCACGCUCUCCUACUACACCAUCUCGCUCGCUCUCAACAUCCUCGUCACAAUCAUGAUUGCGGCACGUCUACUCGCCCACCGACACCACAUCGCGAGGCUCCUCGGCUCUCACCAUGCAGCGUCUUACGCCAACACCGCAGCCAUCAUAGUAGAAUCUGCGGUGCUCUACGCCGUCUUCGCCUUCGCCUUCCUUGUGUCUUUCGGCGUCGACAGCGCCGUGUCAAAUGUGUUCAUUAACUUCGUCAAUUCCACGCAGGCUGUCUCUGCCUUUCUGAUUAUCUUGCGCCUGACCAAAGGGAACGCUUGGUCAACUGAUACCAACGCACGGAUUUUCCACAGCGCGGAGAACGUUCUGCUCGAGUCAAGAGCGGCGCCGAGCGUGCAGUAUGCACCGGAUAGGACCUCUGACGUGACCGUCAAAGACCCGUCAGCGAUCCUAGACGGGGAUGUUAGCGAUCAAGUUCUGUCUCGUGAAUUGGAUCGCAAGGUUUAG